AUGAAAACACCCAAUUCUAAAUAUCCAACCAGUCCUGCUUCUACACCAGAAAGAAAUACUAGUGUCACUAUUGCUGAAUCCACUGUGCCUUCUGGUCAAAACUCAACGAACUCCGAACAAGAACAGAACCGCUUGCAGGCAAGUGCCCCUUUGGAAUCGGGAUCAUCACAAUCAAAUUCACCAAGAGAUCCAGUCGAAGGGCAACUGCCACAACAGGCUCCAGAAACACCACCACCCCAAGAACCAACUACGCCCGUCUCAGGUCCUUCUGCCGCUCCUGCUAAUGAAGUUCCCAGUAAUGGUAAGGAGGCUCCUCCUAAGAAAUCAACACUGUCUGGUAGAUCCCUUUGGGAAAAGGAUGAGUUUGGUUUUUAUGUUGCUUUCCGGGAAGCUGUUACCAAGGAGCAUAGAAUUAAAGAUGAAAAUGGCAAAAGUAGAACUCCUUCACCAAUUACUGGCAUUCCUCCAGGAAUUCUUACACCUCCAGGUGAAAAAAGUAUUUAUCCUAUGGUAAAAAUGUGCAAAGCAGUGCCGCAUAUGAUGACGGCUUCCAUGGUAAAUUUCGUUGACGGACAACGAGAUGGUGAUGAAAUGUAUAAAAUGAUCAAACAAUCAAGCCAAGAGGCGAGUGAGCAUCCAGGUGAAGGAUCUGGCUACCAAAGAAAUAAAAAUUCAAGACAACCAUCAAGUCAAACAAGCCCACCAAAACAAGCACCAUCUAUCCUGACAGCAGCUCAGCCGCAUAAAAAGCAUUGUCCAGGGGGGACAUCAAAAAAUCCACCGUCUUAUCAAUCCCUGCAACGUCCGGCUCCAGUGAAACAUGAGAAGGCCAGCAAGUACUAUUCUUUCGGACCACUCCAGAAACUACCACCAAGGCCAUGGCAACCAGCACCGGCACCACCACCACCACUACCACAACGUCGUCGUCAACCUUCUCCACCACCACCACCACAACAACCGCAACAGCAACAGCAACAGCAGCAGCUGCAGCCAAUGCCAAAUCUGCCUCAACAACCUUGUGAGCCACCAGUUCAACAACAGCAACUGCCACGAUCCCCACAGCGGGAGCAGCAACAUGGGUCGGUACCAUUUGAGCAACAACAAUCUCGUCAGUUGCAACCACUGGCACCAGAAGCAGGACCACAACAACAAGUGCAACUGCAACUGCAACUGCAACAAGUACUGCAACAGUCUCAGCAACUGCCACCCUCACAGCAGCAACAACAAUCUCAACAAUUACCACCACCACCACAACAACAACCUCCACAACCCUUAGAGAAGCAGCAGCAGCAACAGCAUUUACAACCACAACCACAACCACAACCACAACCACAACCACAACAACAACCACAACAACAACCACAACAACAACAACAACAACAACAACAACAACAGACAGAACUGUCAUCUCAACAGCAGUCACGACAGCAACAACAACGUCCACGUCACCGUCGACUUGAACAACUUCAACAGCAAGAGCGACGAGAAAAAUCCUAUAUGUCACCUGCAUUACGAGACUUUCGAGAUCUGAUAAAAGAGUUAGAAAAACAACAGCAUCAACAGCGAAACAUUAUUCAAAAACCAAAACGUAAACGAAAUUCAAAUGCGUUAAGACCACCACAACAGUCGAAACAACUACAAGUACAACCACAUCAUCUAUCAUGUGUACAGGAACAAUUACAAGAUCUACAAGAAAUACAACAACAACUAAACCUACAGCAGCAACAACAACCACGACAACUACAACAACUUCAACAACUACGCCAACUGCAAGAACAACUAGAUCUACUACUACAACAACUACUACGACAAGAACUCCAGAAACAACAGCAACAACUAAACCUACAACAGCAACAACUAAACCAACAACAGCAACAACAAUCCUAUGUACAAGCCCCACAACCAACAAUAUCAUAUCAGCAACAGCAAAUUCAACAACCUGUUGCACAAGCUUCACAAGGGUCACUAGUAUAUCAACAACCACAAAUACCACCACAAGUGCAAGCACAGCCAUCACAACAGUACCAACAGCCAUAUGCACAAGUAAACCUGCAAUCCUAUAAUGAGCAACCAGCAAUAUUGCCACCAGUUUCACAAUUACUAUCACGACCAUCACGGCUACCACCGUCAUCAAAACUACCACCACCAUCGCAACUACCAUUACAACAAGGACUUCCAGUAUACUCACAACAAUCCGGUCCGGGUAUUUUUAAUACUUUCAACGGCAAUGAUUUAGCAGUGGUAGGAGUUCCAAGAAGAGGAGUGGGGUCAUGGUCAAUACAAGAAGAUCACGUUUUAUGGAGAUUGAAAAAAGAUCACAAUUUUGGAUGGGAACAGAUUGCUAAAUACUUUUUGGAUAGGACUGCUUCUGCUUGUGAAUCCCGAUGGAAAAAAAUUUUUGAAUCGGGCAGCCGCCUCGGUAAGAACAUUGUUGGUAACAGCAACAUUAAUGGCAACAAUGGUGCCAGCAAUAUUGGUACUGGAUUAUCUGCUGGUGCUACUACUACUGAAACUAUGGCUAACAAUGCUAAUGGUCGAGUUGAGCCAUCGCCAGUACCGGCACCGGCACCGGCACCAGCCCCAGCCCCAACAAUGACACUAAGACCAGCGCCGGCACCGGCACCAGCACCAGCACUAGCACUAACACUAGUCCCAGCACCAGCGCCAGCACCUGCACCGGCACCACCACCGGUACCAAAAACUAAUACCAGAGAGACAAGACGUAAGCGUAGAGGUGGAGCUAGAGGAAAAUAUGGGGGUAGAAAUAAAACUCGAAAGGUUCGUGAAGAAACCACAACAAGAUCAACAACGGGAAGUUCUAAUGAUUCUCCUCGUCUACAAAGUCGACAAAGUGGAAGAAUUUCAAAACCGUCAAUAAUAAAUAGUUUGUUAAAUUAA